CUGCUCCUCCCUCACCCUCAACACUCUUGUUGUCAUAAUUGUGCCUCAGUUACCCUUUAGCUGUUCCCAGGAACUCUCACUGUUGAAGUUCACGGCGAAUUUUUAAAGUUCACAGUGGGUCUGUGGAAAUUCAUUGCUGAUUUUUGAAGUUCACGGCCUGCAUGUGAAGUCCAGGGAAGAAUUUUGAAGUUCACGGUGGAUUUCUGAUGUCUACGGGAGAUUCUUGAAGUUAUAACUUCACAGUGGAUUUAUGAAGUUCACGACGAUCAUGUUUUAAGUCUACGGGGGAAUUUUGAAGAGCGCUGUUUUGAACGAAGACAAGACAGUCAUGACAGGACCUACGAUAUGUUUGGCAUGGCUGGUGUAGCUGGCCGCCCCGUGAACUGUGUGUCCCGGGCAACCACCGUCCAGACCAGCAGAUGGCAGGGUGUUUUGGUGGUAAAUGUUGUUGCCACUGGAGCCGUGAUGGAUGCUGUGUGGUGGGUGGUUCGCUGUGCACUGUGUUGGACAUCAUCACUUAACCUGGACUAAGUGACAUCAAUUUUGAUGGAUGUCUCUUCAAGUGAACGAAGUAAAGUGGUAAUUGGGUUACGUCGCUUGUUCGGUCGGGCGUUGUAAACUAGUGAUUGAACUUGACUUCCUAUAUUAGUGACCGGGGUGUUCACGGCUAUCUUCAAGUAAACAAAAUGCCGUGUUUUGUGAUGGCCAGGAUAAGUGGUAUAUAAAAGGUGAAGCGCUCGUUACAAACAUUGUAAACAGGCGUUGUAAACAGUUGAGAAUGGAGAUCGUGAUGCAGAAGUUAAGUAGCUGCUGCUGUUGCUUCAAGCGGCGACACAGUGAUGGUGAACGUGUUGUGGAGGUAUAUGGCGGGGUGGCGGCAGCUGCUGCUCACGCCCACAACACAACUGCAGCUGUAAGUGGGCGGGGCACUGGUCAUGUUGAGCCUGUACGCCCACAGCCCGUAGACCCCGCCCUCUUGACUUCACUUGACCUGGAAAGUGACCACCAGCACCACACCCGCGACAUGCUGGUCACAGACGCCCAACCACAGCCAGCCUACCCACACCGCUCCCAUGAUCUCAACCAUAAUAACCAUGUCUACGCCCACAAGCCUCCAGAGGACGUAAGUCACGUGAGCGGCAGAGCAGCUAAGUAUGUUGUCAGCGGAUCCAACAGCCUCGGUGGCCAUGACAACUUUGGCUUUGACAGUGAACUCAGCGGACAGGACAACUAUGGCUAUGACCCAGGCUACAGCUCUGAGAGGUCACCAGAAGAGGAAGAAGGACCACCUCUGUAUUGUCACAGCUCCCAGGACAGCAACAACAGCAGUGGUUCUGAGAAGCAUCAUGGGAUACAGCAGCAAGAACACCACCGCUCUCUUAAGCUGCCAUCAGGCCAGAUUUUGACAACUCAUGAACUGAUGAAGCUCUUUCCAUUCAUCAAUGAAGGCACAAUUUUUGAAGUCACUGUCAUCAAGAAUCUUCGUGGAUUGGGGUUGGCAGUAACUGGUGGCAUAGAAUGUGAUGUUCCCUAUGCUGGUCUCAUCCGCAUCAAGAAGUUGUAUCCACAGACUCCUGCAUGGCUCUGUGGACAGCUGGAAGUUGGGGACAUCCUUCUUCAUGCUAACACCCAGCCACUCACAGGUCUAUCAAGUCAUGAGGCGUUGGAGAUGCUUCGUACCGCCGAGCGUGAGGUGACACUGGAGAUGUGUAGGCCACCACGCGGGGCUCUGGGGGAGGGUGAGGACACCACAGAUGGAGGCUCUGGCUUAGGGGUUGUCACUACCAGCCUGAUCGCACCAAACACUAGUCAUAACUACCUCUCACCAUCACCAUCUUUCUCAUCCUGUGGGGAGUUUGAGGUGGAGCUAACCAAAGUCGCUGGAUCGCUGGGCUUCACGCUACGCAAGCAAGAUAACAGCAUCUUGGGACACAUCAUACGCUCUCUGGUGAAAGAACCUGCUAUUUCUGAUGGCAGGUUACGACCAGGAGACAAGAUUAUCUCUGUCAACAACACCAACAUGUGCAAUUUGAGUCAUGAAGAGGCCAUCGCAUUCUUGCGCACCUGUCCUGAAACUGUUACUCUAAAAUUAUACAGGGAUGCCAUGCAGACUCCUGUGUCUCCAGCCUCCCCCACUGAACCUGAUGUCAUCUUAAAACCAAAAGCUCUCCGUAAAGAAGCAAGAGACAUGUUGACAGACUUGGCCAUGAGAAAACAGUCCCCUGGCAAUUCACUAAGUUUGGUUGGUGCCACAAGUUCUCCCGGAACUCCAAGAAGACGGCGUCUACAAAAGACACCCAGCCCCGAUAUCAAGAGUGUUGUUGUAGACAGAUGGGAUUCACUGGUGAGGAAGACAGAAGAAUCUCUGCCAGGGAGUCCUAUAUUAGAGAACAAAAUGUCACUAAACAGCAUUAGAGAAACAGACCAUGAAACUUCUCCAUUUGGUGAUAGUCAGACCGAUGACUCAACCUCCACAACUAUCCGCUCAAGAAACUCCUCCGCUGCGUCCUCCUGCUCACUCACACCUUCCAGCUCAGAGUCAUCCAGACCCAAGAGACCAAGCUUUUUAGAUCUAAGUAAUGGGCGCAGUUGUCCCCGCAAAACACAAUUUACACCACCCCAUGAAGUGGACCACUCAUUCCCAUCCCCACUAGGUGCUCAGUACCCCUCAGCGGACUCCUUAGAUUCUGCCCCCCAAUUGACUUCAGCUCACAGUGACACCCCAGCAUUCUCUCACCUCCACCAGGGAUACCACAGUGUCAACCUUGGGGCGCUCCAUCAACACGAAGACCUGACACUCACAAAUACCACUUCAGACCACAAUAUAAGUGGGCACGAAAAUGAAGGGCCUUCUAAUAAUGGCUUACUGAAGUGGAAGGGGAUUGUGUUUACGCCCGACGAGGAAGACAGUACAUCGACAGAAGAGUCCGUUAAGGAUGACGAUAGUACUGGGGGAUCACCCAAGUCACAAAAACCAAAGAUGGUGACGCUAGAACUCAACCGUGGGUGGAACAGCCGUUUGGGCUUCUCCUUACAGCCUCAAGGGGAUGAAACAAUCAUCACAGCUAUCUAUGCUGACAGUGUUGCUGCCAAAGAUGGUCGUCUGAACAUAGGAGAUAUAAUUGUAAAGGUCAACGGUGUGGAUGUCGUCGGCUGGGAUUCAGAAUCUGUCAUAGACUUUCUUCGGAAGACCAGAGGAAAAAUCUCACUAACUGUUCUUCAGCAACCAACCUAAUUCAGAUCAUGCACAUCCAAGAUAUUUGGGAAUAUCUUCUCAUCAUGGGCAGCUUGGGCACAGAUGUCAUUGAUUGUGAUGACACACAUUACUUCUGGUUGCCAAGUGACUCACCGACAACAGUCAGGUGGACUCCUGGACCCCUCUGGCCAUAGUACCACAGGCCUGGAUAUUCAUGAAAAAACACAAUGGCCAAAACAGAAGAGGGGCACAGCAGAGUGGUCAUGAAGACUGUUUCUUUUCUUUGUUUGCAAGGGACAUCAUGGCCAGUCAGGGGGCAAUGACGGCAACAGCCGCCAUGAAAUUCCAGGCGUGAUAUCAGCAAAAUUGAGGCCAUGAUGUACUGCAGCUUUGCAUGACACCUACAUAGGGGGUCAACAGUAUGGUUUCACUCUUUUGGGAUCUAUUUAUAAGACAGCUGAGGCUUUUAUUAACCAUUUCAUAAACUGCCAAGCGGAUGAAGUGAUAACUCUCGAGAACAGUGUAGCUAAUGGUUCGUUGUAUGAACUGAGUUUCUCUUUCUCAUCUCUGUUAAUAAUAUUACCUCUUGCAUGAACUUCAUUUUGCUCAGAAUUAAAUGACAUGACCACCUGCAGGAAGCUCAGCUUACACUGCACAAACUCACGCAUCUCCUGGUGGGCAACUGAAUUAUACUCUGAGGAUGUGUCGGUGAGAGAGCCUUGCAGGCGUGUCAUGCCACAAACAUAUACUGUGUACAAACGUUCAGAUUACAUACAAAAAUAUGAAGCUUUUUCCAUUAUGUAGGCCGUAUUUAUGUAGUGGACUUUACGAAGAAGCUUUAUCCCAUAUACUGUACUUAUUAGCUGGUAAUGCUGCACUUAUCCCUAGUGUAGUCCUGACGACUCACUGUUAAAAUAGAAAAAAAUACAAAAAUAGAAAACCCCACUAUAAGACAGCUGCAUUGUUUCAUUGUUUUAACGUUGUUGAUAUUUAAUAAUUUAUCACUUCUACUGUACAUCCAUUUGCAUAGGCGUCGGAACUGGAGGGGGUCACCUGGCUUUUGCGCCCCUUCCCACCCAAACAUUGAGAGACUGCAAUAUUUUGCAGUGUAUAUCCCUCAAAAGAGCUAAGCACCAUAAAAUGUGUGCCACCAGUGACAAUAAUGUUCCUACGCCUAUGUUGUGUUGUUUCUGUAAGACUGUGACUGUUUCUGUAAAUAGAAUACAGAAUUGUAAAGAACAAAUGUGCACUUGAAACUCCCUGUGCAAUAGAAAAGCUUAGUGCCAAAGACAGUGACAUCAGAGAUAAUUCUCUAAUAUCAAUAACCACUAUUUUAUUUAUAAUUAUUAUUAUUUUUUUUGCAUGUGCCAUUAUUUUCACUGAAUGAUCUUCAAAAAUCGUAACAUUCCAACAGAAAACUUGUAUCAGAUUCAUUCACCUCUAGAAGGAGGCUCCAAAUGUCUUUCACCUCUAAUCCUUUCUUGUCAAGAAUUGUUGAUUCUUAGAUAAUAAACCUAAAUGAGACUUUUCCCUGGCUAAUUAACAGCGAAUUGAGCCUCACAGACUGGGUUAAGUACCGGCAGGGUUUGUAAGCUUUGUAAAUCUCCGAGAAUGUCCUAGAAUUCAACGAGCUUCAACACUUGGGAACCCUGGUGGCUACGGCCCAGUUGUCACUUUUAUAGACCCACUAGGAAAGGUCAAGACUAUGUUAUGAGAUGUUAUAAAAUGUAUUUUAGAAUCAUGUCACCAAAUCUGUAUAUAUCAAUAAAUAAAUAUAUAUUUCCUGUAUGA